ACAGCUCCUCGACAUCAACCACAACUUCCAAACUCCAGGUGCAUCGCUGGUAAAUGUUAUCUUUACCAGAAUUUUAGUCGAGGGCUUUUAAAGUAUGGAAAUGCUUCGGUACUUCGAUAACUGGCUACAUGGGAACGUUGAGAUUGAGGAGCAGGUGCAGGAUGAACCUGUUGCCAAUGAACCGCCCAUGGACAUCGAUGACGGGUCGGCUGAGGAAGAGCUUGACGAAAAACAACGUGGAAAGCAGGAUCAAGAACGUAACUGGGCCCCCUUUAUGGCCAUCACGGACGAAGUAUUCUCUUACCUUGUGCACCUGCACAUGGAGAUGCAGGGUAAGGUGAGUAUUACUCCAUUCCGUGUUGAGCACCGGCUGCACGGCUCAUACAACUACGCAGUCAUUUUGGGUGACGGAACUAGCAAGCUCGUUGUAAAGAUCCCUGUGGUCGGGACCAAGGGCCACUGGGACCCUGGGCAAGCAAGUAUCAUGCGCUCGGAAGCACACACCUUGAUGUAUAUCAAGCACAAACUGCCACGUUUGCCAUGCCCAGAACUGCUCGCCAAGGACGAGACGUUCGACAACGCCAUCGGCGGACCAUACUUGAUGCAGUCGUUUCUUGAGGGAAUGCCACCGCAGUACUUUUGGUAUGAAGGGCUCACCGUUCAUGAUGGUGACCUAGUCGACCGGGAAGAUAACAACAAUCCUCCGGAAGAGCUAGAAACGAAGCGGAUUACAUUCCCCUCGUCGCUCGCGACUGACAUGGCGGAGCUCCGCCAUCUCGAAUUCGAUUUAAUUGGGAUGCUGUACCUUGAGGACGAAACUAACCCAGGAUCUUUUUAUAUCGGCCCGCACUACGAUUUCGUAGGCAUAUUGAAGCGAGUGUACUACAAGCGGCAGGUAUCCAAGUCCAGCGCCGCAUUCUAUAUCCGGCAGCACAAGAGGCAGUGUGGGGAGGAUACGGAAGGUGCAGACUUCAUACGUGUUGAGGUGCUCAAAGCUACGCCUUUCGUAGCUUCGAAGAAACGUCAGACCGAGGAUCAAGAGACGUUACCGUCUUGCCCGCUGUGUCGGCUUUGCAACUGUCCCAGUGUUCCUUCAGGAGGACUUCAGAUGGUGUUACUCGUUCCCUAACAUCUCGGACUUGUUCCCCUGGACCCUGGCCAAGUACCGCAAGGUGUAUGCCGCAGCCAUGAAGAAGGCUUGCUCCGACUGUGAAGAAGCGGCGCAGUACUGCGAGAAGUCGGCCAUGUAUAUGCCAAUCCACAAUGUGAUGUACGGCGACUAUGGUUGGGAGCAGGACCGGGUGGGUGCACUGAUGAGGAAGCUGAUGUUGGAGAUUCCAGAGCUGCGGACUGCGAAACUGGAGUCUUUGCGUGCACAUAUCUAUCGCGAUUAUAAUGGCGACUACAUAAUGGAU